AUGGUAGCCAUUUUAAUCUUAGGAGCCGCAUUUGUUGGCUUGAUUGGGUACUUUUAUUACUUUUUUGUAAUAAAGCCCGAUAGUGCUUACAAGGGUGCACUUGAAAAGGCCCAACACACUCUCAAGAGCGAACAGUCUCAAAAGGACAAGGCUGCUGCCACCACCAAGAAGGCAACUUCAUCCAACAACACCCCCAACAAAUCAAAGAAGACUGCUGCUGACAAAAAGAAGGUUGAACAACCAAAGAAGGCUGAAGAGCCAAAGAAGGUUGAAGAGGUCAAGAAGGCUGUUGAACAACCAAAGAAGGUUGAAGAAGUCAAGAAGGUCGAACAAGUCAAACAACCAGUAGUUGUUGCUCCAGUCAUUUCAAAGAAGGCUGCCAAGAAGGCCAAGAAAGCUGAAGAGGUCAAGAAGGUUGUUGAAGAGCCAAAGAAGGUCGAAGAGGUCAAAAAGGUUGAACCAGUCGUCGCUGCUGUCGCUGCUCCAAAGAAGGUUGAACCAGUCGUCGCUCCAAAGAAGGCUGAAAAGAAGGCUGCUGUUGAACCAGUCGCUGCUCCAAAGAAGGCUGCCGCUGCUGCCGUUGUUGCUCCAGUCGUCGUCGCCACUACCCCAGUUGUUGCCACUGAAAACAAGAAAGAAGGUAAACCAUUUUCAACAUCAAAUAAAAAGGAUUCAUUGAUUGUUAAUUUGGAUGCACCAGCCAAGAAAUUAAACCCAGCUGCUGUUGACAAGGCUGAUUUGAACGGACCAGGAUGGGAGGUCGUCAAGCACGCCCCAACCGAAUUGGAAAAGUUGUCAAACAUCAAGAGCAAGCUCCAAGCUGCCGAGAUUGCAUUGGAAAAGGAGCGUGAAGACAACAAGAUCAAGUUUAACCUCCAACAAGACACAAUCAACAAUGUUCAAUUGCAAAAGGAGAUUUCCGAGGGACGUUUGGCCGAGCGUAUCAAGAUACUCGAACGUCAAAUCGAAUCUGGCAAGACUGGUAACGUCGCCAACUCGCUCAACCAAUACAACUACACCAACAACAAUGCCCAAGUCAAUCUUGCCUCACAAAAGGCCAUCGAUGCACUCAACCAAACCGUCGAGUCGCAAAAGAACGACAUUGCCACCGCCCAAUCCAUCAUUGAGGCCCAAAAGAGAGACCUAUCCAACACACAGACCGACCUCAUCAAGACUCAAGGCGACCUCUCCAAGGUGCACAACGAGCGUGAGACUGUCAUCAAGCAAAGCGCCUCAUUGAACGAAAAGUUUGUUGCCCUCCAAGUGCAACACAAGGACUUGAGCCAAUUGUUUGCCGACGCUCAACAAGAACGUGAAAAGUUGGUACAACGUAUCAAGACUAUCGAAGAGGAAGAACGUACCAUGGACAAGAUCACCGAGAACCAAUUGGCCGAGAAGAACUUCCAAAUUGAAAAGUUGCAAGACCAACUCGAAGCCAUCGCCGAACAAAACAAAAAGAUUGUCGACGAUAUUGCCGCCCAACUCCAAGCUGCCAACCAAAAGAACCAAGAUCUUACCUCUUCAUCUUCAACCGUCAAUGAUCAAAUCACCGAUCUCAAGUCUCAAUUGGAUGCCAAGAAUGCUGAAUUGACUCAAAAGGAUGAGCAACUCGCUGCCUCUUCUACCGCUGUCAACUCUCAAAUCACCGAUCUCAAGGCUCAAUUGGACGCCAAGAAUGUUGAAUUGACUCAAAAGAAUGAGCAACUCGCUACCUCUUCAUCUACUGUCAAUGAUCAAAUCACCGACCUCAAGUCUCAAUUGGACGCCAAGACUGCUGAAUUGACUCAAAAGGAUGAGCAACUCGCUGCCUCUUCUACCGCUGUCAACUCUCAAAUCACCGACCUCAAGGCUCAAUUGGAUGCCAAGAAUGUCGAGUUGGAUACCAAGAACAAGGACGUCCAAGCCGAACAAGCCAAGGCCACCGACUUGCAAUCGACCAUUGAAAAAUUGAACCAACAAAUCAGCCAAUCACAAUCAACCUCUUCUGAAUCACAAGAACAAGUCAACCAACUCAACACCCAAUUGGCUGAAAAGGAACAAACGAUCAAAAAUAACGAAAAUGAACUCAAGUCCUUGAACGAGCAAAUCAAGAACAAGGACGAACAACUCGCAUCAACUUUAUCCCUCCAAUCGCAACUCGAUGCUGCCAACGAACAGAUCAAGAGCAAGGAUGAAGCAAUCAAAAAUAAGGACCAAGAAUUGAACCAAAAGAAUGAGCAACUCGCUGCUUCCUCAUCUACCGUCAAUGACCAAAUCACCGACCUCAAGUCUCAAUUGGACGCCAAGAAUGCUGAAUUGACUCAAAAGGAUGAGCAACUCGCUGCCUCUUCUACUGCCGUCAACUCUCAAAUCACAGACCUCAAGAGCCAAUUGGAUGCCAAGAACGUAGAGUUGGACACCAAGAGCAAGGACGAACAAGCCAAGCAAGAACAACUCGAAAAAUUGACUGCAGAAUCGCAAACUGCUGCCACCAAAUCACAAGCCGACCAAGAAGAACUCCAAAAGCAACUCAAUGACAAGGCACAAGAAUUAAACAACAAGAAUGAACAAUUAAAUAACAAGGAAUCUGACAUUAAACAAAAAGACCAACACAUCAAAGAUCUCGAGAAAAAGAUUGACGAAUUACAACAACCACCACAACCUGUAAGAUUAAAUAACACCAAUGGCUCUGACGACAUCCAAGACCUCCAAGACAGACUCGAUGCCGAGAAGGCUAGAUUUGGGGUCAUCAAUAUCCAAUUGGAAAAGGCUCUCAAGGACAGUGAAACCGCUGAUAAUGAAUCCAAAAAAUUACAAGUUUCUGUUGCUGAAUUAAAGCUCCAAAACGAACAACUCGUCAAGGACAAGGCUGACGCCGACAAGAAAUUAGCUGACACUGACAAGAAAUUAGAUGUCACCCAAAAACUCUUGAAACACUUUAGAGAAAGCUCAAAUAAUACUUCUUCAAAUUCAACAAAGGCCGAAUAA